CCGGAAUAUCGACAUCGUAUGUUUGUUCUCCGCUGACAUUACGUUAGAAGCCGGAGAAAUGUAUAAAAGAUUUUGUCACGAGCUGUUAACCAUCAGUCGCUCAUCUGCCACCGACAAACUAAAUUCAAAAUGAAACUUAUCAUUGUCGCCCUUGCCCUAGUGGCCAUCGCCGCGGCCGCCCCAGCGGAGCCCGAGCCACCUAAGAUCCUCAGAAGCGAAUUUGAACAACAACCAGAGGGUGGUUAUGUGUUCAGUUUUGAAACUGAAAAUGGAAUCAACCGCAACGAAAACGGAGAAUUAAAAGAAGUUCUGGAUGAGGAGAACAAACCACACAAUGUCGUGAUUGUGCGAGGAUCCUACACAUACACCAACUCGGAAGGCAAACCAGAGACCGUCAACUAUUUCGCCGACGAAACAGGCUUCCACGCAGAAGGCGACUCUAUCCCUAAACCCGCUAGGAAGUGAACCGCCUAAAAUACUAAUCGAUUAUCGACUAAUUAAUCAAUGGUACUGAUUAUUCGAAUAAUCGAUUCAAAGUCACACGGCUAGCUUUAAGGAAUAUUGUAAUUUCUACCAUUAUGCAGGCAACUGCCCCCGCAUCCUUGUUGCUCGUUGCAAAUGAUGCACACUGCCAUAUUUUGUACUUUUAUGUGAUUUUUGUUAUGUUUUUUAUAAGAAUGGAAUUGUAAAUAAAGGGCGAUUUCCACUA